UUUUUAAAAAAUAUUGCAGAAAAUAAAAUAAAUCGUGAAUGGACGCUUCUAGUGGGGAAACAAGUGGGAAAGUAUCGAUGUCUGGGAGUCUGAAGAUGAAGUUGAAUGCUCUUGAGAAUGCGAUGGCGAAGAUCAUUGAAGAGAUUAAAUUUCAGAAGAGGGAAGUUCAGCAGCUUAGGUCUGAAAAGGAAACACUUGAGAAAGUACUAGAGAGUAAGGCAAUAGAGGUCAAAAAGAGUAUCGAAGAUGAUGUAGUAAGAUGUAAUUCAGAUAUGAGGCAAAAAUUCUCUGAGUCAAAGAGUCUCAAUAAUAAACUCCAGCAAGAAAUCACUGGGCUCAAGCAGGAGAAGACUACCAUACAACAAAACGUCCUUCAUCUCCAGCGUAAGAUCGGUGAAUUAGAACUGACGGUCGGACAGCAAGGGGCUUAGAUCUAUUGCAUGAGUAAUUUAAUCAAUACUUCCCAUA